AUGGACAGACAAAAGAAGCGUGAGGACAGUCAGAAGCUGGCGGUGUUUAAUCUGGCCGCUGCAGAAGCUCAGAGACGCAGGAAAGCGCAGGCAUACAGCCAAUCAGAGCUGAUGCAGGAGGCAGCCAGACGCAGACAGAUGCAGAUGGAGCUGAUGCAGACGGAGCUAAUGCAGGAGGCAGACAGACGCAGACAGAUGCAGACGGAGCUGAUGCAGACAGAGCUGAUGCAGGAGGCAGACAGACGCAGACAGACACAGACGCAGACGGACAGACUGCAUCUGCUGCAGCUCUCAGAAGAGAUCGCAUUAGAAAAAUCUCAGCAGCUUCAUGAGAAACACGAGACGGCCAAGAAGUACCAAAAGGCACUUGAAGCACAAACGGAUCGCCGCUGUUCAGAAAUCUCUCCGCAUUUCGACGCGCGGCCCAUGUUUGGACUGAUGGACUCCAAUCCGGCAGCUUUAGCGGAGCAGAGAUGGAGAACGCAGAACAUCUCUGAAGAGCUGAUGAAUACAGCCAACCAGAGGAGGAGAGAAACGCUGGAGAAACGCUUGAACGAGCAGAAGAGAGAAAGAGAAAUGAUGCAGAGAGACCUCAAAGAAAUGUUAGACGAGCGAAUCCGUCGUUACGAGAAGCUGCGUCUCCUGCGGGCCGCGUGCGAGGAGAGCUGGCACCGCAGCGCCGACCUCAAACACCAGCGAGACCGAGAGGAACUCAACAGCAGGAGGUUCGGUGGUCAAACUCUGACAGAACAACUGGGAAAAUAUGAGCGAUGCAGUCAAUGCAAACGCAGCACCGCCAACCGCGGCGAGAGCAACGUCUUCAGAGACACGGAUUAUGUGACUGGAGCUCGACUGAUGCUGUAGACCUCGGAUUUCAACCCAGAUAAUAAAGAUGAGCAAAAUAAGUGUAUGCUUCCUCAUCCACAUUUACAGCAAACUGAGAGCAUCUGCUGUGUUCAUUUACACAGAGAUGAAUCACAUUGUGUUUAUUCUUCAGCACUGAUCUCAUCACAGUCGCAUUUCAACAUCAGCGAAGAUGAAGAAUGUGACGCGAAUGUGCAGAUGCAGAUGUUGUUCUUAUCUGAUAUGUUUUGAGCAGAACUUUAAAUGCGCCUUCAGCCGUAGAACAUGAUAUUGAGAUAUUUUGAUAUUCAUAGAUCCACAAACGCUUUGUUCUCUGUUCGCAGAAUUUUCUCAGAAAAUUAAUUCUUUGGAAAGAGAUGAAAGUUUUCUGCAUGUGAUUCAUCAGUAUAAAAGACGUGGUGGAGAAUGUGCCCAUGAUGCUCCAUUAGUUCAUAUUUAACAACAUAUAAUGUUCUUGCAUAAUGACCUGUGCUCACCUUAGAUGCAAUUCAGUGUUUAACAUUGACACUGAGCUUUCAUAUGCACCAAUGUCUAUUUAGACUCUGAAGAAUGGUUGCAUGUGAUCAAAUGCUUAAAAUUAUUACAGU